GCAUUGUGCUCACGGUAUCGCAGAGAACGGUCGCCAACACGGGCGCUUGCACAAGGCGGAAUUCCAGCUGCAUGUCGGCUCUCGAAUCGUUCACCCGGGGAACGCUGGUUGGCCCGCUUCCGCAAAGGAACGACGAGGCCGGGUGCUCAUCAGCCACGCGCGGAAGCUGGAGGUCUUCGCAGCACGCUGACCGUCGGGCCUGCGCGAGCUGCGACGGCAGCCGCAGUCCAGGAUGCAUGCGGGCAGCCGACGCCAGAGCCUGCCGCCGUACAUCAACGGCAGCGGCUGCUGCGGCGUCGCGAACGACGCUUUCGACGGCUCCGUGGAACUUCCCGAGCGCAGACUCUCAACGGACUCGAUGCCUCCGGACUACGACCACGUCGUGGUGCGGUCGCGACCCCUGGUGCAGCGGUCCCACACCAUGGUCGAGUCGACGAGGCCGCAGAGGCCGCAUCUUUCCAGGCAGCCCAGGACCGUGUCGUUGAGUGAGGAUGCGGCCAUCGAGGUCUACUGGAGACGCAGGGGCUCGCGACGGUUCAGCUUCUGCCCCCGGGGGUCCCUUCUUGAGGUCAUCCAGGAACUGGGGCCUCCGGAGCACGUCCCGAUCGCCCAAAAGGUGCACAAGGAGCUCGACAAGGACGCUGUCAGCGUCAGCGUCAUCUCGGGCAAGCCGGACGUCAUCGUCGAGGAGGAAGAGGAACCGGAACCGCAUGAGUCUCGGCUGGCCAUACUCACGCAGGUCUUCGUGCCUUUCCUGCUGGCCGGGCUGGGCAUGGUGGCCGCAGGUGUGCUCCUCAAUCAAGUGAAGGAUUGGAGAGUGUUCCUGGAGGUUCCGGAGCUGAUGGUGAUGGUGCCUCCGCUGCUGGGACUCAAGGGCAACCUGGAGAUGACCCUCGCCUGCCGGAUGUCCACACAGGCGAACCUUGGGCGCAUGGAGACGCGAUCGGCUCAGCUGAGCAUCGCCAGCGGAAAUUUGUCGCUGAUUCAGUGUCAGGCAACAGUGGCCGGUCUGGUGGCCGCACUGCUUGCCAUCGCCAAAUCCUUUGUGUCGAAUGGAAGCAUGGUUCCGGCUAACGUGCUCACGCUUGCAGCCGCCGCUGUGCUAACGGCAGCAAUCGCCAGCAUUGUCCUAGCGAGCGUGAUGGUGCUGGUGGUGGUGGUGUGCCGGAGGUUCCGCCUCAACCCAGACAACGUUGCGACACCCGUGGCUGCGUCGCUUGGAGACAUCACUACUCUGGCGCUGCUUGCCGGUCUGGCAACGCUGCUUCAUGUCGUCCUGGGGAACCACCAGUGGGUUUCCGGCGCCGCCUUGGCCCUGGUCGUAGCCCUGGCACCCCUGUGGGCCCUGUUGGCACACCGGAACCCCUACACUCGGGAGGUGCUCUCUCAGGGCUGGGUGCCCAUCCUCCUGGCGAUCGUCAUUUCCAGCGGUGGAGGUUAUAUCCUUGAGUAUGCCAGCGAGAAGUUCACGGGCCUGGCAGCAUACCAGCCAGUCAUCAACGGCGUGGCCGGGAACCUGGUGUCGGUGCAGGCGAGUCGCAUCUCCACCUACCUGCACCUGAGCGCCCAGAAAGGGAGCCUGCCUGAAGGAGAAGCCCGCUGCGUGGGGCCUUGGGCGGUCUUCUUUGGACCCUGCAUGCACGCCCGGACUGCCCGCCUGCUUCUCCUGCUGCUGGUCCCUGGUCAGCUGAUCUUUGUGGCGGUCAUCGACCACGUCGAAGGGCCCGGUGACGCGUUCCGGGGCCCCUUCGUGGGCCUAUACAUGGCCGCAGCCAUCGUGCAGGUCUGUCUGCUGCUGUAUCUGGCUAGGGUACUCGUGUACGUGCUCUGGACCAGGGGACAGGACCCAGACAACGCCGCCAUCCCCUUCCUCACUGCGCUCGGAGACCUCCUCGGUUCAGGUCUGCUGGCCCUCGUCUACUUGUCGCUCCUGCAUCUCUCACCCAACGAGACCGUGGAUACCACUCCCGGUGUCCUGACAACGGCUCCGAGCAAUCACACCACCUAAGUGCUACGGUUGUCUUGAGUGCUCCGGUCAUCUCACGCGUUGUCCGGCAACAUUGCGCAUCUGCAUUUGUGUCUCGGGUGGUUUCACCUUCCUCGGAUAACCGGAGUGUGACUGUAUCGGAACUUCUUUGGUUCAAGCUACUCGACGUAGCGUCUUCCCCUCUGGCGGAUGAUCUCUGUAUGUAGCGACGUGGUCCCCAUUUUAUAGCACUUUUCGUGUGCUACUGAACGUACCACCGGUCCUAUUUCUACUCAAUCUCUCAUUUGCAGCCAAACGUUACGACGGAUUGCAAUCACCGUUCCACAGCGCGCAGUUCAGCAGCUAUCACGCGCACAUGCAAAAGCCGUCAGGAGAGGUCCUGACGGGUUUAGCUUCUGUUUUAUGCCGAGUCCCUUUGGCAUGAAUGUGAUGUCUGCGCAGUCGGUCAAAGGAAGGAACCUUUUAUGACUGUUUCACUAACUUCUCGCUAAUGGCAGCUUCAACCUGGAAGAAAGUGAAUGCUACGCACAAUGACGAUUGAACCCGUGUUUCUGCGCGCGUUUGGCUCUAGUGAUAACGCGGUGCAAGGCGUUUCAAGAUCAGGAUUACUCUGUUUCAAAAUUGUCAUCGUAAGACGUCUGAAACCCUUGAGGGUGCUGUAAACUUUUAGUUCUGAGCUCGCGCUCCAGAAUUGCCUUCAUGUGUUAAUUUCUUUUUUUACGGGUGACGUCGCGGUUUAAAUAAUUAUUAUGAUAAUAAACACAUCGUGCGGCUAAUAUUUUACAUUGUUUCAUACGUGUCUACGAUUCCUCAAAUGCAUACUGUGGCCACGUUGAACAUUGCUUCUCCUACGAGCACGGUGCCCUCAUCUCAGGCAGAAUUCUGUGAACACACGAUUGCUCGUGGUUAUCGCCUGUGUAACGGACCGUCUGAAGCGCAUGUUUUUAACUCACGUUGAUUGCAUAACAUUUUAAUAGUUUAAGGGUGAUCACUUCCCUUUUUUGUACAGUUACUGUUUUAUAUAAUGUACAGACCCGAAAUAUGGGUACCCUGUGUAGAGUUCGAGUUCUUAAAGUAAAUUAAUAAAAAAAUAUGUUGUAA